UAUAUACAAGUCAAUGUAAAUCAAUGGCAUAUCUUACCAAUUCAAGAUUUUUUUAUCAUCAAACAACACCCAUAAAAGAAAGAGAGACAAUGACGUUGGACACUACCUACCCUAUCCUUCUUUUAUUUUUUCAAAGUACAUGAAAUAUUAGAAAAUGUCAAAAAUAAUAAACUACAGAAAGUUUCAGAUCAACUUUUUCUAACCAUCAUCAUUCGCCCUUUGGUUUGUGGUCUGACCAAUCUGCAGAAGAGAGAUAGUGCAAGACGAAACAAACAAAGUCAACAAAUUCCAAACACAUGUUUUGAUAAAGAAAAAUGUUUGGUGCUUUACGUGGAUGUACAACGUAAUGCUUAACAAAGCACUCUGAUUUGACUCCUUCAACUUCUUUACAUAGUCCCAUGGAACUGUGUCCCCACUUCCUCCUAAAAAGUCGUCUCCUCAAUCAUCAUCGGAGCAAACAAAUUUACCUUUAGUGGGUUCCAACUUCUCUGAAACAGAGGACCAAGUGUGUCCUUCAAGUCUUCUGCUAGAUGAAGUAACACUUGGAGACUUGGCAAUCAGAGUGAGACAAGACCAGCUUUGAACAAAUGGGAUGUCGACUCGAGAAGAUAUAGGCACAAGUGAUACACUGAUUGGAUCGUUGUUGGGGUCCAUUUCCGAAGUGAUCAGAUCUUUGGAGUCCUUACAAGCAGAAACAGAGAAGUUCCUUGAAUGCGCUUGCUACUUUUAUCGAGUUUCAGUGGUGUUAAUGGAGAUACAAACAGCAGAGAGCAACGUCAUCUGUUCAAUUGAUAUUUUUGAAUCUCUAUCCGAGAGUAUAGAUGCGGCGAAGGACCUGGUUGAGAAAUCUCAAGAAAGCAACGGACACGAACCAACUACUGAUCUGAGAAGCAUUGAGGCAGGUUUUGAAGGCGUUGUCAAGCAGAUGGGUGAAACUUUGCAGUCCAUAUCAGAAUCAACAUUUGACGAGGAAGAAUAUAUAGGAGUUGUUAUCCAGUCUCUUUCAAAUGAGAUGCAGAAUGCUAACAUCGGAGAUGGUAGUAAAAGUGAGAUGAUACAGAAUGAGCAGCAGAAUUUUUCUGCAAAGGAUACACCGGAAAUUGUGUCAGAGCAAAUAGAGACAGAUCUCUAUCCCACUGAUCCUGAAUUUUCCUAUGAAAGUUACAUGAUGUAUAGUGAAUCACAAUCCCAAAUGACCGAAAUACCAGAUAUCCCAAGCCAGAGCACAAAUGUUAGCAGCCAGAGAUAUGGAAAUCUUAGUGAAUCACAAUCACAAAUUACCGAGAUACCAGAUAUCCCAAGCCAGAGCACAAAUGUUAGCAGCCAGAGAUAUGGAAAUCUUAGUGAAUCACAAUCACAAAUUACCGAGAUACCAGAUACCCUAAGACACAGCACAAGCAGCCAUAGAAAGUAUGGAAAUCUUAGUGAAUCACAAUCACAAAUUACUGAGUUACCAGAUAUUCCAAGCCAGAGUACGAAUGCUAGCAGCCAGAGAAAAUAUGGUAAUCUUAGUGAAUCCUUGUCAAUGUUACCACAGGUGACACAGUUCAUGGAGCCUCCAUACCAAGCUUUCAUCUGCCCGUUGACCAAAGAGAUAAUGGAAGAUCCAGUCACAACAGAAACAGGAGUAACCUGCGAAAGAAAAGCAGUAACAGAGUGGUUUGAACGUUUUGCAAACUCCGAUGAGAUUAGUUGUCCAGUUACCGGGCAAAAGCUGACCACCGAAUUAACUGUCAAUGUUGUCUUGAAAACCAUCAUUCAGGAAUGGAAAGUACGAAACGAGGCAGCAAGAAUCAAAGUGGCUCAUGCAGCUUUAUCCUUAGGCGGUUCAGAAAGUAUGGUUAUCGAUGCAUUACGAGAUCUGCAAAUGACCUGUGAAGGGAAAGAGUACAACAAGGUACAAGUCCGUGAAGCUGGGAUCAUUCAGCUUCUUGAUAGAUACCUGACGUACAGAAGUAAAGAUGUGAGGUAUGAACUGCUACAGUUGUUAAGGACACUGGCUGAUGAAGACGCUGAUGAUGGAAAGGUUGGAUCUCUUUCAUUUACCUAUUAUGCAAGAGCACUACCUUACAUGAUAUGCACUGCUGUAUUUCUUUCUCCUAGACACACUUCUUGUUUCAAUAGACUUUUAUAUUUCAAAGUUAUCUUACAGGAAAUGAUCGUGAAGACCAUAACUAUGUCACGCAUAAUCAAAUUUUUGGGAAGCAGUCACCAGCCUGUAAGACAUGUAGCACUAGCCUUACUGCUUGAGCUUUCGAAAUCCCAACAUGCAUGUGAGAAGAUUGGGAGUGCUACCGGGGCGAUUUUGAUGUUAGUUACCGCAAAGUAUAACAGAGAGUUGGAUGCCUUUGCGUCUGAAACAUCAGACCAAAUCUUAAGAAAUCUAGAGAAGUGUCCUGAGAACAUCAAGCAAAUGGCAGAGAGUGGGCUAUUGGAACCACUUCUGGGUCAUCUAGCAGAAGGGAGCGAAGAGACUCAGGUGGCGAUGGCUGCAUACCUUGUGGAAAUCGAUAUUGGACAUGAGAAAAAAACUUACGUAGCUGAGAAGGCUUGCCCUGCGCUCAUUGGGCUGGUGAAAUGUGAAAAUAUCGACGCUAGAAGAGCUGCCUUCAAAGCACUUGCUCAUAUUUCAUUGUAUCACCCCAACAACCAGAUACUAGUAGAAGUUGGCAUCAUCAAGAUCAUGGUCGAAGAGAUGUUCACCAAGCGAGUGUUCAGUGAUCUGAUGAACUCCAGGAAUGAAGCUGCGACAAUACUUGCAAACAUACUGGAAUCUGGGCUGGAACAUGAGACAUUUGAGGUGAAUACUCAUGGGCACACGUUAGGCUCGGAUUAUUUUGUAUACAACAUCAUCCACAUGCUCAAGAACUCAAGCCCAGAUGAUCUUAACAUUGAUUUGAUCAGGAUUCUCCUAUCCUUGUCCAAAUCACCCAAAGCAAUGGCAACAAUUGUCUCAGUGAUCAAAGAAACCGACGCAAGCUUUGCCAUGAUAGAACUCAUCAACAAUCCUCAUGAAGAAUUGGGGGUUGGGGCAUUAAAACUUCUGAUAGCACUUACCCCCUACAUUGGUCACACGCUAUCAGAGAGAUUAUGUAAAACUAGAGGACAGCCAGAAAAUCUUAUCCAGUGCCCAAUAGAAGCAAAUCAGAUAACAGAAAAGCAUGCUGUUUCAGCCAAGUUACUUGCUAAACUGCCUCAUCAAAAUCUGACUCUUAAUUUAGCACUGGUCAACGAGAGCAUAGUGUCCAAAAUUCUGCAUGCAAUCCAUCUGAUUCAAAGAAGUGGAACACGAACAAGCAGAUAUGCAACUGAUUUUCUGGAAGGUCUCGUUGGGAUCUUAGUGAGAUUCACAACUACACUGUACGAGCCCCAAAUGAUGUACCUAGCCAGAAACCACGAUUUGACAUCAGUGUUUGUUGAUUUAUUGAUGAAAACAUCAAGCGAUCAAGUUCAAAGGCUAUCAGCGACUGGACUAGAAAAUCUAUCAUCUACAACUAUGACGUUAUCGAGGCCACCACAACCUAGGAGCACAAAAUUCAUGGGAUCACUGAGUAUGCCUAGGUCUUUCUCCCUCCGUUCAUCCAAAAAGAAGCAAAUAGAGAUAUGCGCAAUCCACAAGGGAGUAUGUUCUGCAAAAAGCACAUUUUGCUUGGUUGAAGCAAAUGCAAUCACAAAGCUUCUAGCAUGUUUGCAGAGUGAUAAAGUGGAGGUAGUGGAGUCAGCAUUGGCUGCUAUAUGUACGCUAUUAGAUGACAAGGUUGAUGUGGAGAAGAGUUUAAGCAUGCUGAGUGAAAUGAAUGCAGUACAACUAAUACUAAAUGCAGUCAAAGAACACAAGAAAGAAUCUCUAUUGCAGAAAGCAUUUUGGAUGAUUGACAAGUUCAUUAUUAGAGGUGGAGAUAAGUAUGCCAGUGACAUAUCACAAGAUAGGAUGUUGUCAGGUAUGUUGGUUAGUGCCUUCCAUCGUGGAGAUGGUAACACAAGGCAGAUGGCAGAAAAUAUUUUGAGGCGUUUGGAAAAGAUGCCAAGUUUCUCUACUUAUAUCACAUAAAAAACUGACAUGUGAAACCUUAACUGUAUGAACUAUUACCUUCUCAACUCACUGUGUAUAAAGUUUUCAGUUUGAAAUGUAAAUUUACGUUGUGGUCAAAAUAGAUAAUAGUAGUUCAAACAGAGAGUUUCAACU